CCGCAGCGUCAUGCAGAAGUACCUGGAGGACCGGGGGGAGGUGACCUUCGACAAGAUCUUCGCGCAGAAGAUCGGGUACCUGCUCUUCCGCGACUUCGCCCUCAACCAGGCAGAGGAGGCCAAGCCCCUGAUGGAGUUCUAYGAGGAGAUCAAGAAGUAUGAGAAGCUGGACUCGGAGGAGGAGCGAGCCGCCCGGAGCCGCCACAUCUUCGACCAUUACAUCAUGAAGGAGCUGCUGGCCUGCUCYCACCCCUUCUCCAAGAGCGCCACGGAGCACGUGCAGAGCCGCCUGAGCAGGAGGCAGGUGCCCCCCGACCUCUUCCAGCCCUACAUUGAAGAGAUCUGCCAGAACCUGCGUGGGGGCAUCUUCCAGAAAUUCAUUGAGAGUGACAAGUUCACGCGGUUCUGCCAGUGGAAGAACGUGGAGCUGAACAUCCAUCUGACCAUGAACGACUUCAGCGUUCACCGCAUCAUUGGCCGUGGCGGCUUCGGGGAGGUCUACGGCUGCCGGAAAGCGGAUACGGGCAAAAUGUACGCCAUGAAGUGCUUGGACAAGAAACGCAUCAAGAUGAAGCAGGGYGAAACGCUGGCCCUCAACGAGCGAAUCAUGCUGUCCCUCGUCAGCACUGGGGACUGCCCGUUCAUCGUGUGCAUGUCGUACGCCUUCCACACGCCCGACAAGCUCAGCUUCAUCCUGGACCUCAUGAACGGGGGGGACCUGCACUAUCACCUCUCUCAGCACGGGGUCUUCUCGGAGGCGGAGAUGCGGUUCUAUGCCGCUGAGAUCAUCCUGGGCUUGGAGCACAUGCACAGCCGCUUCGUGGUGUAUCGCGAUCUCAAGCCGGCGAACAUCCUUCUGGAUGAAUUCGGGCACGUCCGCAUCUCCGACCUGGGCCUGGCCUGCGAUUUCUCCAAGAAGAAGCCCCAUGCCAGCGUGGGCACCCACGGCUACAUGGCUCCGGAGGUGCUGCAGAAGGGGGUGGCGUAUGACAGCAGCGCCGACUGGUUCUCGCUGGGCUGCAUGCUCUUCAAGCUGCUCCGGGGGCACAGCCCGUUCCGGCAGCACAAGACGAAGGACAAGCACGAGAUUGACCGUAUGACCCUCACCAUGGCCGUGGAGCUGCCCGACUCCUUCUCGCCCGAGCUGCGCUCCUUGCUCGAAGGGCUGCUGCAGCGGGACGUCAACCGGCGCCUGGGCUGCAUGGGGCGCGGGGCCCAGGAGGUGAAGGAGGAGCCGUUCUUCCAGGGCCUGGACUGGCAGAUGGUUUUCCUGCAGAAGUACCCACCGCCCCUGAUCCCGCCGCGCGGAGAGGUGAACGCAGCCGAUGCCUUUGACAUCGGCUCCUUCGACGAGGAGGACACGAAGGGCAUCAAGCUGCUGGAGAGUGACCAGGAGCUCUACCGCAACUUCCCGCUCACCAUCUCGGAAAGGUGGCAGCAGGAGGUGACCGAGACCGUCUUCGAAGCUGUCAACGCYGACACCGACAAGCUGGAGGCUCGCAAGAAAGCCAAGAACAAGCAGCUGGGCCACGAGGAAGACUACGCCAUGGGCAAGGACUGCAUCAUGCACGGCUACAUGGCCAAGCUGGGCAACCCCUUCCUCACGCAGUGGCAGCGCCGCUACUUCUACCUCUUCCCCAACCGCCUCGAGUGGCGCGGGGAGGGCGAGUCACCGCAGUCGCUGCUCACCAUGGAGGAGAUCGACUCGGUGGAGGAGACGCAGGUGAAGGAGCGCAAGUGCAUCCUGCUGCGCAUCCGCGGCGGCAAGCAGUUCGUGCUGCAGUGCGAUAGCGACCCGGAGCUGGUGCAGUGGCGGAAGGAGCUGCGCGACGCCCAGCGCCAGGCCCAGCAGCUGCUGCAGCGGGUGCCGCGCAUGCAGAACAAGCCCCGCUCGCCCGUGGUGGAGCUCAGCAAAGUGCCCUUCAUCCCGCGCUCCACCAACGGCCUCUGACGCCGCGCCCCGCCGCCCGCGUGCCCUCGUCCCCACCUCUAAUUUAUUGGGUUGGGCUCCUGCGCGUCC